GAAGUCUUUUAGACGUUAAUAUGGCGCUGCGCUUUGUGUGCUGCUGGGUUCGGCAAGUGCGGCCGGGUGUAAAUAUUUGCUAAGUGCAGCGUGUGGUGUGCCUCUACAAGCUCUACGGCAGAUAUCAAGCAGAUAUGUGGGUCAGUAAAACCACGCAGGAGAAUUCGAAAUGCCGGUUGCACCAAAUGUCGCGUUCGUCGUUUACAGAGACGGUUACCGCGCGAUUGUUGACAAGCUCAUAAAAGACCGCAAUCCGCUCAGCGUAGCCGAUAUCGCAAAGAAAUAGAGGUCUAUUGGAAAAGUGAGCCAGGUGAGGACAUCAACGAGAGCUACUUUCGCGGGGAUGUCGAUCUUCUUGGAGAGUGCAGAUGCCAGUGGUGAACUCCCACUUACAGUGUUGGCCCUCAUAGAUAAUGAGGUCCAUCUGAGAAGUGGCAUAUUCGUGAAGGAAGAGCAAUGGGCUUGGCUGCUGUCGCGGCCCAAGGACUCCUUAUUUUGCAAGGAGGCGACAAAGCUCCUGUGCAGUAUCCUUGAGCUUCAGAACAAGAAUCCCACAGUAGCGCCUUGUCGGCGCUUGGUGCGCCAGGAGGACAAACGGGCCACCGGAGAGGGCCCUGACACCAAGAAAGUUGGAGGCUGUGGCUAGUGAGUAUUUUUCCUUAAAGAGGUACUGACACAAAAAUUUUCGUCUGGCAUUUUUUGCUGCAAUCCAUCACUGGGGGCCUAUUAGUCAUAACACGGCAGAUUGUUUGCUGCAACGCGGGACAGA